AUACUGGAGUUGAAAACGGAGAGAUCAGAACUGCGGCCAGUAAGCUCGAAGUCGAUCAUGGCUUCCUCAUCAGCAUGGAGAUGGACAUGGCACAACUCAUCACCAAAAAACUCAUCCUUAAUCGCAUCCUCCUCCUUCAAUUCGCCUUCCAUUUCCGUUUAUCCCUUCAUCUUCACUCACAGACAACGGUCUUCUUUCAUUUUUCCUCACAAUCAGCAUCCUUCUCCGUCCUCGUGUUGUAGUGCCGAACCUAAUAAUGCAAAAAAGAGAUUAAGGAAAUCUGAUAAAAAACUUCAGAUCGGAGAAAUUUCAGUCAACGACGACGUGUCUGUAAGUAAAAAGGACCAAUUACCCAAGAAGAGACUGAAUCUGAACUACAAAUCAUUAUUUGGAAGGCGUGCGUUAUGGAGAAGGAUAUUUUUUGCAUCGAAGAAAGUCCGGAGCAUCCUUUUGCUCAAUGUCAUUACUUUAAUUUACGCUAGUGACAUACCAGUGUUGAAAGAGGUUGAAGCAGUCAUGGACCCUGCAGCUUUCACUGCUGUGAGAUUUGUUGUUUCGGCCAUCCCAUUUCUACCAUUUGCUUGGAGAGCUUGGGGUGACGUUCAAAUUCGCAAUUCAGGAAUUGAGUUGGGCUUGUGGGUCAGCUUAGGCUAUCUCAUGCAGGCUCUUGGACUGGUGACUUCUGAUGCUGGGCGUGCAUCCUUUAUUUCUAUGUUUACUGUAAUUGUGGUUCCCUUAAUUGAUGGUAUGCUAGGAGCAGUCAUUCCUGCUCGUACUUGGUUUGGAGCUCUUAUGUCCAUUAUCGGGGUUGGAAUGCUAGAAUGCAGUGGCUCACCUCCAUGUGUUGGUGAUUUGUUCAACUUUUUAAGUGCCUUAUUCUUUGGUAUACACAUGCUACGAACUGAGCACAUAUCAAGGAAAACAGACAAAGAGAACUUCUUGCCAGUCCUUGGAUAUGAGGUGUGUGUUGUUGCUUUGUCAUCUAUUAUCUGGUUUUUCAUUGGAAGCACAAUGGAUGGUAGCCUAGAGUAUCAUCCAUCAUCUUGGACAUGGGCGGUGUUCUUGAAAUGGAUGGUCGAAUUCCCUUGGAUACCAGCUUUAUAUACUGGCGUGUUUUCAACUGGCUUAUGCUUGUGGAUAGAGAUGACAGCAAUGCGUGAUAUAUCAGCUACAGAAACUGCAAUUAUUUAUGGAUUGGAGCCAGUAUGGGGUGCUGGUUUUGCAUGGUUUCUCCUUGGUGAAAGGUGGGGGGUCUCUGGAUGGUUUGGUGCUGCUCUUGUUCUAGGUGGAAGCUUAAUGGUUCAGAUAAUUGGGGCAUCAUCUCCCAGUUCAUCUGUUAAGAAAGAGGAUGAUAUGAUGGUUGUUACAGACAGGCAAAACGGGCUUUCUGCUUCUGCGGUUCCAGUUACCUCCAGAAAAGAUGUGUCCAAUCUAUUGAAAAAGAAAUAUUAAAUUUGCACACAUGCAUCUUACAUAGUAUAGGUAGGUAUAUGUACAUAAUAAAUGGUUUUAGAGAAGAGUAUAUAUAUAUAUAUAGGUUAACCAAUAUAUACAGAAAUCAGGUAAUACAACGACUUAAACAUGUUAGAUGUAUAUAACCAUACCAUAUAUUGUAGCUCAAAAAAUUGUAAUACUCCAAAUGCAAAUUGCAUUUCUUGAGU